CUUAUUAUCACAUCAUAUCACAAUCAUGCAGCAGACACACAACUACAUUCAUAAUUCAGUGCAAUCUGCGUGUGUGUGUUAUCAGUAGAGAUGCUGAGCCAUGCGUAUGAUUGUGGAGAUGUGCGCUCUGCACCUGAAGUCUUCACUCGAGACUUGGAGAAAUGUUUUGGAGUUAUGAGUGAAUGAUGGGUCAAAAUGCAAGCUACACUGAAUACGGGUCAUGGAAAAUCUAAAAAACUCGACAGAUUGCAAGGAGACUGUGUCUCCACUAAAUUCAGGGUCUUUUCUGAACAGCACUGUCUCCCGUCGUGACGGCGAAGCUAUGGGGUUUGUGCUGGUUCAUGCAGGGGCAGGGUAUCAUUCAGAAUCCAAAGCCAAGGAAUACAAACAUGUGUGCAAGAGAGCUUGCCAGAGAGCUGUGGACAGGCUCAGAGCUGGAGGAAUGGCGCUGGAGGCCGUGACAGCAGCUCUUAUCGAGCUAGAGGACUCCCCGUUCACCAAUGCGGGUACCGGUUCCAACCUGAACCUCUCGGGAGAGAUUGAGUGUGAUGCCAGCAUCAUGGAUGGGAAGUCCUUAAAUUACGGAGCUGUUGGAGCCUUGAGUGGAAUCAAAAACCCGGUGCUGGUAGCCAGAAGACUAUUAAGUGAAACUCAGAAGGGGAAGCUUUCAGCUGGCAGGAUCCCUCCCUGUUUUUUAGUGGGCAAAGGAGCAGAACAGUGGGCCAUCAGCCAUGGUAUUCCGGCAUGCCCUACAGAGAAGAUGACCACCAAGUUCAGUUUGUCAGGCUACAAGAGGAACAAGAGGAAGAUGGAGCUGGCGGAGCAGGUUGAGACGAAGAGGAAAAGACAGUCAUGUGAACAUGAGAAUGAUUUUGGCUGCUUGGAGCCUGUAGGAGACUUUAUGGUGGAAGGUGAGGAGAAUAACUCGGCCUGUCUGGACACGGUUGGUGCGGUUGUGGUGGAUCGGGAAGGGAAUGUGGCGGCUGCAGUUUCCAGCGGAGGUCUGGCCAUGAAACACCCGGGUCGGGUGGGACAGGCUGCUCACUAUGGUUGUGGCUGCUGGGCUGAAAACGCCCGUGACAUCAGCCUUCACUCUACAGCUGUGAGUACCUCAGGCUCUGGAGAGCAUCUGAUUCGCACCAUGUUGGCCAGAGAGUGCUCUACUGCCAUGCAGGCUGAAAACACACACCAGGCCCUACUGGAGGCUAUGCAAAACAAAUUCAUCAGUUCGCCGUUCCUGGCUGGCGAAGACUGUGUUCUGGGUGGGGUGAUCGUUCUGAGGUGCUGCACAUGUGGAGAAGCCCAGCGCUCUGAAGACAUCCAGGCUCUGCUGGUGGAGUUUCUAUGGAGCCAUACAACAGAGAGCAUGUGUGUGGGAUACAUGUCUGCCCAGGACAGUAAAGCCAGGACUCACAUAUCCAGACUUCCUCCUGGGGCAGUGGCCGGACAGUCACUGGCAAUCGAGGGUGGAGUUUGUCGACUCGGGACCAUGAGUGACUGAAGCGUUGUGAAAUCACCCUCUAUUUCUGCAGCAAUAUGCCAGCGCCGGGAUCUUUAUAGCAAGAGCUUGACGUUGUGUCAUUGUAGGACACAAUCAUAAAGGGACAAAAAGGUAGCAAUAUGUCUCACAAUAAUUCCCAAUAUUAUUAUUUAUUCAAUCCUUUUAUUAAACCUACCAUACAACUUUCACGCUCUGUUCACAGGCAUAGCAUAGACUGUUUUACUGUCACUUGAGAGGGGGGGGGGGGAUACAGGGUUAGCAGGGUAAUUUGCCUAAGGUGUCUGCUAAGAAAAGGGCAUGCCAAAUGCACUUCAGGACUAGUGUACUGCUCUGGUUUUAGUGGGCUUCCAAGAAACUCAGCUUCUAGUAUGUGCUGGACAAGACUUGAUGCUCCAUUUCUAUUUCUCUUUGAAACAAUAUGCACUGUCCUUAUCAUUGUAAAUAAGCUAAGGGUUGUUGAAACAGGGUGGCCAUUGAUGUAAACGGCUUAUUGGUUUUUUGCUUACUUGACAUUUAAUAUUACUUUUACUAUUAUGUUUUUAUAUAUAGCCAAGAUGCUUGUUUUGUGCAAAAGUUCAGUUUAGUGACUUUUAGUGAAAAAAGGUCUGAUUUGACACGUGUGCUUGCCGUGAGUCUGGUUGAGUUGCAAAUGCAUACACAGUGUGGCAUACAGGAUAAAAUCCUUUUUGAAAUUACAAUAAUUGUCUAUUCAUUUUACUUUUUUGAAGGUAUGUAUAGCAUUUCAGUUGGAUGAAUAGUUCACCCAAGAAAUGUUUUUUUUCUAUUACACAUUCUCAUGUCAUUCCAAACCUGAACAAUUAACAUUCUUCAGUGGAGCACAGAAGCUUGGUUUCAUUAAGACUAUCCUGGCUAUUCUUUUUCAUAUAAUAAGUUUUAAAACAAUUAAAAAGAACCAAAGUAUCAGAAAAAUAUCCACAUGACUUGUGCACUAUAUUCUUCAGAACUCAUACUGAACUUGCGUACAGGUCACAUGACACUUUGGUGCUUUUACGUCCUUUUUAUAGUUUGAAAUAUUCAGUCCCCAUUUAUUGAAAUUGCAUGGAAAAGUGAUCUUUCUGUUCUUUUGUUUUUCAUGAAAAUAUUUAUGCAGAUUUGAAUGACGUGAGGGUGAGUAAUUUUUAGGUGAACUAUACCUUUAAAGAGUGAGAUUAUUCUCAAAUCUAAUAAUAUGCACUGUUGAAAAUAAGUUAAUUUGUGGAUGUUACACUUUCACCACAAAGUUGAUGGCAGUAGGAUUUCAGAAAGAUCUUCUGAUGAGACUAGAUGCACACGCACUUUUGCCCAGCGUCUUACAAAAUAAGUGCACUACUUUGACAAACUACACUGCUCGUGAGUGUACUAAGAACAUGGUGCAUGUUGUGUAAUCCAAGUAUGCAUUUCUUUUGCGUACUGCGAGUUCACUUGACCUUGUUUGAACAGCUUUGUGUUUUCUCUAAUGCCGCGUGUAGUGCUCAGGAGAUGAGACCCAAAAAAGCAAGCUAAAAAUGACUGUUAGUCCAUCUUAGAAAAUGCAAAAUAUAUUUUAGGUCUGUAUUUUAUAAUGGCAGAAAAAUUAGAGGAUCUCGAAAAUGUAUUUAUAAAUUACACUGAAUCAAAUAUGUUGAAGGUUAUUAUAUUGAUGAGGGUUUUUUGGCAGGGCUAAUAUUUCAAGUUCUGUAGUUUAGAUUUUUUCUUUA